AUGCGUUUCACCUCCAUCAUCGCUGCCGGCCUCUUCGCCGUCGCCGUCAAGGCCCAGACCGAUGUUGUGACCACGGGAGCUGACCCUACCACGGCAGCCGAAGUCACCACUACUGGAGCCGGCACCGACACCGAGGUCAUCGCGACCACUGCCCCCGGCACCAGCACCGAAGCUGCUGUCCCGACCACCGGGACCGCUGUUCCUGAGGCACCCACGACCACCGGCAGCGUUAGCUCUCCGCAGGACCCCGCCCAGGCCGCCAUCCUCGCGUGCCUCGAAGCCUGCAAUGUGAGCGAUGUCAAUUGCAAGGCCAGCUGUAUCGCCGUGCCCAGCCCCAACAACCAGAACGUGAACGCGACCACGGACUGCGUCGCCAACUGCCCCCAGGGCAACGGCACUGCCGCCGACAACCUUGAGUACGCCAACUGCGUCAGCGGCUGCAUCGGUCGCUUCUUCUUCACCACCACCGGCACCCCCAACCUUCAGACCACCGGCACCCUCGUUCCCAGCGUGACGCAGAUCCAGACCACCAUCACCUCUGACGGCUCGACCUUCGUUACCUCCUUCUCCUCCACCGUACCCCCCUCGGGAUCGCCGUCCGACGACGCCCAGUCCGAGGCCCCCAGCUCCACCUCCCUCGGCGCCGCUGACACGCGCUUCGGUCCCGUGGGCUCCGGCAUCGGCUUCUUGUCCUUCUUGGCUGCUAUCUUGGCUCUGUAG